UGGUCCCGUGCGCAAGAGCGAAGCCGAGGGCAGAAAAAGAAAGCGAAAGACUAGGGCGAGUCGGUAGAGCGGGCCCCGCGCAUGCGCAAGGACGGAGGCGGUGGUGAAAAAGGGUGGUGCGUGGUCUACGGCGAGCGGAGUGGGGCGGGGUCGCGCGCCUUGGCGGGGAGUCCGCGAGCCAGGAGGGGCGGGGGGUGAAUGAAGGAGCGGGCGGAGGAGGAAGUGUCAUGGCGUCGGGCCGUGGAGCUUCUUCUCGCUGGUUCUUUACCCGGGAACAGCUGGAGAACACGCCGAGCCGCCGCUGCGGAGUGGAGGCGGAUAAAGAGCUCUCGUGCCGCCAGCAGGCGGCCAACCUCAUCCAGGAGAUGGGACAGCGUCUCAAUGUCUCUCAGCUUACAAUAAACACUGCGAUUGUUUAUAUGCACAGGUUUUAUAUGCACCAUUCUUUCACCAAAUUCAACAAAAAUAUAAUAUCAUCUACUGCAUUAUUUUUGGCUGCAAAAGUGGAAGAACAGGCUCGAAAACUUGAACAUGUUAUCAAAGUAGCACAUGCUUGUCUUCAUCCUCUAGAGCCACUGCUGGAUACUAAAUGUGAUGCUUACCUUCAACAGACUCAAGAACUGGUUAUACUUGAAACCAUAAUGCUACAAACUCUAGGUUUUGAGAUCACCAUUGAACACCCACACACAGAUGUGGUGAAAUGUACCCAGUUAGUAAGAGCAAGCAAGGAUUUGGCACAGACAUCCUAUUUCAUGGCUACCAACAGUCUGCAUCUUACAACCUUCUGUCUUCAGUACAAACCAACAGUGAUAGCAUGUGUAUGCAUUCAUUUGGCUUGCAAAUGGUCCAAUUGGGAGAUCCCUGUAUCAACUGAUGGAAAGCAUUGGUGGGAAUAUGUGGAUCCUACAGUUACUCUAGAAUUAUUAGAUGAGCUAACACAUGAGUUUCUACAAAUAUUGGAGAAAACGCCUAAUAGGUUGAAGAAGAUUCGAAACUGGAGGGCUAAUCAGGCAGCUAGGAAACCAAAAGUAGAUGGACAGGUAUCAGAGACACCACUUCUUGGUUCAUCUUUGGUCCAGAAUUCCAUUUUAGUAGAUAGUGUCACUGGUGUGCCUACAAACCCAAGUUUUCAGAAACCAUCUACAUCAGCAUUCCCUGCGCCAGUACCUCUAAAUUCAGGAAAUAUUUCUGUUCAAGACAGCCAUACAUCUGAUAAUUUGUCAAUGCUAGCUACAGGAAUGCCAAGUACUUCAUACGGUUUAUCAUCACACCAGGAAUGGCCUCAACAUCAAGACUCAGCAAGGACAGAACAGCUAUAUUCACAGAAACAGGAGACAUCUUUGUCUGGUAGCCAGUACAACAUCAACUUCCAGCAGGGACCUUCUAUAUCGCUGCAUUCAGGAUUACAUCACAGACCUGACAAAAUUUCAGAUCAUUCUUCUGUUAAGCAAGAAUAUACUCAUAAAGCAGGGAGCAGUAAACACCAUGGGCCAAUUUCCGCUACUCCAGGAAUAAUUCCUCAGAAAAUGUCUUUAGAUAAAUAUAGAGAAAAGCGUAAACUAGAAACUCUUGAUCUUGAUGUAAGGGAUCAUUAUAUAGCUGCCCAGGUAGAACAGCAGCACAAACAAGGGCAGUCACAGGCAGCCAGCAGCAGUUCUGUUACUUCUCCCAUUAAAAUGAAAAUACCUAUCGCAAAUACUGAAAAAUACAUGGCAGAUAAAAAGGAAAAGAGUGGGUCACUGAAAUUACGGAUUCCAAUACCACCCACUGAUAAAAGCGCCAGUAAAGAAGAACUGAAAAUGAAAAUAAAAGUUUCUUCUUCAGAAAGACACAGCUCUUCUGAUGAAGGCAGUGGGAAGAGCAAACAUUCAAGCCCACAUAUUAGCAGAGACCAUAAGGAGAAGCACAAGGAGCAUCCUUCAAGCCGCCACCACACCAGCAGCCACAAGCAUUCCCACUCGCAUAGUGGCAGCAGCAGCGGUGUCAGUAAACACAGUGCCGACGGAAUACCACCCACUGUUCUGAGGAGUCCUGUUGGCCUGAGCAGUGAUGGCAUUUCCUCUAGCUCCAGCUCUUCAAGGAAGAGGCUGCAUGUCAAUGAUGCAUCUCACAACCACCACUCCAAAAUGAGCAAAAGUUCCAAAAGUUCAGGUAGUUCAUCUAGUUCUUCCUCCUCUGUUAAGCAGUAUAUAUCCUCUCACAACUCUGUUUUUAACCAUCCCUUACCCCCUCCUCCCCCUGUCACAUACCAGGUGGGCUACGGACAUCUCAGCACCCUCGUGAAACUGGACAAGAAGCCAGUGGAGACCAACGGUCCUGAUGCCAAUCACGAGUACAGUACAAGCAGCCAGCAUAUGGACUACAAAGACACAUUCGACAUGCUGGACUCGCUGUUAAGUGCCCAAGGAAUGAACAUGUAAUAAUUUGUUUAGGUCAAUUUUUCCUUUACUUUUUUAAUUUAAAAAUUGUUAGAAUGGAAAAAUUCCUUCUGAUCUAGCAGUGGUAACCCCUGCUGUUGCUGCCACUGCUUCAAUAUUUGUAAGUGCUGCUUUAUUCUUCAUUCUGAAAAGAAGAGAUUAUAGUAAACAAGUCUUUAUCUCCACAUAUGAUAGUGUUAUAAAUACUGUAAAAGCAUGGAAGGUGCAAAACUCAGUAUUUCUACAAUUGCAGCUAAGAACAUUAGGAUGAAUGGCUGGCUGCUUCUAGGAAUAUAAGAUGCCUCAAGCAUUCAUUAUUUAUGAUUUGAAUACUGUAGCUAUUUUUUGUUGUUGCUUGGCUUUUGAAUGAGUGUAAACUGUUUUCUUUUGUGUAUUUAUACUUGUAUGUAUGAUUUGCAUGUUUCAAUGAUAAAGGGAUAAAACAGUAUACUGACAACUGUUUACAAGAAAGUGGAGAAAAAUGUACAUACAUUUUUGUAUGUUUAGAUAUUACCAUAAAUACUCAGGAUUGGAGCUGCUUGUAAGUAUAACAAUAUACAGAAUAACUUUAUUUUAUCUUGUCAGAGUCCAUCACUAAUCUAAAACAAAGGUGGCACUUUUUUAUGUUAACCUUAAACUCUAGGCCUUACUGGAAGCCACUGAUAGGGGACACUUCACUACCAGAUGUGUAUGCAGUGCCACAGAUGGUCAUAUACACUGUGAGGCACUGAAAUUUUGCCUUCAGAGGUUCUGACCAGAUUGGCUGCUGAAAUAGCCCCUAACUUUCUGAAGGCUUGAAGAGGAAAAAAUAAAGUUUACAUACUCUUGAUGUGAAGUGCAUUUAAAUGUUUGUUGGCUUGUUGCAGUUCUAUGAAACAGAGCUGUUAAUAAUGGUUAUGUGGAUUACUGUGAUUUGAAAACGAAAUUCACAAUAACUUACCUAGUAGAGAUUUAGUGAGUUGUUUCCUUUAAAGAAUUUUACACUACAUAUUUUAAUAGUAAACAGGGAUCACUUUUCCUUUAGCAUUCAGAAUGACACCAUAUUCUUAAAUAUACUCCUUCCCUGAAGUGUGUUUGUGUGUGAUGCCAUAUUUCUUUUUCAGGUAAAUGUAGUCUUCCUUAUAAAAAUGAAAUUAAACCUAUGCUCUCAAUUCUUUUAUAUUCUAACAAUAAAUAAAAAAGAAAAGAUUACUGACUGUGCAUUGUACCUGUAUUUAUAGUUUAUGGUUAUCAGGAAGCUCUGUAAGAAAGAAAAGGUCAGCCUCCCAGGCAAACCAGUAGUGGAGGUUUUACAUUUGUUUGCACAUCUCAGUAUAUUUCUGUUGAGGUAAAUUUUGCACAGUCAUCUGACUUCUGAUCAAACAUUAGAUUUUAACUUGUUUAGAUUUUGUCUUAAACACCAGUAAUAUGGCCCUUGUUUAUCAGCUAAUCUUGAAUUUAUUCUGUGGUAAAUCUUUUGAGUUGUUGAGUAUAUUUGAGAUUGAUUGGAUUCAACCUCUUGUUGAACUGAAAACUUAAUUUUUUCUCUGUAUUUUUGUUACAAAGCCACUGAUACGUGCACAAUUGUAAUUAAGUAUGUUGCAGUUGUAAAUAUUAGAGUUUAAUCUCAUGCUCUACCUUUAUUUAGCAAUUACCUAAUUUGCCAGUAGCUUUAUAAUUUUUAAAGAUAAUUGUUCAUUAUUUUGUCAAUGUUAUUUGAACUUGGGGUACUUAGGAGCCUCUUUGUAGGGACUGUGCCUAGGUAGUAUGUCCUAACAUUUGUUCUUGUCUUGCAUAACUUUAGUAAUCUUUGUCAUUAUAUGUAACUUUGUUGCUCUGUAUGGCAUAAUAUUGUAUCCAUAAACAUGGUAAUUUUGAUACAGUUAUACUUUUACAGUGGUACAUAAUCCAAGGACUAGUAUAGAAUUAAGCUGAGUGCAAGAUGAGGGAGGGAAGGGCUUUCUUGGUAAUUUAGAUGUGAAACCUCUACAGAGCUAUCAUGUAAAAACUACAUAAGGUGGUUGUGCUACUGUAUAAUUGGGGGUGAUAAUACCAGGAAUUUUAAUAAGAUUUUGUAAAGAAUAUCCAGAAAAGUAGUGAAUUUAUUUUCAGUAGACAUAGAAAACAAUGUGAAUAUUUAAGGUCUGUGACUAUAGUUGAACUUCACUAAGAAUUUGCAGAAUUGUUUUGAGAUGUGGGAAUAAAGGUAAUUUUAUUGAAUCUUCAUUGGUGCUAAUGAUGGACAGUUAAAAAGAUAGCUAGUGUAUAUUGUUAUGGGUCAGUACUUAUUAGUACUUCCAAAAUUGAAUUUGAAAUGCUAUGUAUUCACUUUUCACUCUGUAAAUGUAAUUCUUUACAAUGACUUUAUUUAUUAAAGGGCAGCCAGUUGUCAUUUUUACAGGAUUGUGUGAGCUAUUCAAACUCUUCAGCCCCUGAACAGGGUAUUAAGCUUCCAAAAUAAUGAUGGGGAUAAAUAUGGAAAUCCUUUUUAAGUUGUAUUUCCAUUAAACAAAAACCCUUAUAAUUCAUACUAUCAUGAAUUUGCUUUAUCCAUCUCAUCUGCAUAACAGUUCAUCUGCCUGGUCCCAUUAGGCUCUACCAAAGAAAGACUCUGAUGAGUGGACAUUAUUACUGUGACUCUUGUAAGUAGCCAUAAAUAAACCAAAAUAGUAUCAAAUUUAGGUAUGAAAUUCCACAUGUGCAAAGUACUGUUAAGGUGAUAACAUUUUUGAUGAGAUUUAAAAAAAAUAUUUGAAAUAUUAAAAAGCAUUAUCUUUAAACAUCCUAUAAAA